GUGAGCGCGCAGACGCUCCGCGGCGUGAGGACUGCGGGGAGCUGGAGGCUGUUUGCUGCGCUUGGGAAGGCCAUGGGGCAUGUCGCCGGGGAGCUCGGCUUGUCGCUGCUGUGGCUGUGGCUGCGGCUGCUGCUGCUGCUGUGCAGUUGGGGGUGCCUCGGGAGCGCCGAGCUGCGGGCCCCACCGGAUAAGAUCGCAAUUAUUGGAGCUGGAAUUGGUGGCACUUCAUCAGCCUAUUAUCUGCGGCAGAAAUUUGGGAAAGAUGUGAAGAUUGACCUCUUCGAAAGAGAAGAGGUGGGGGGUCGUCUGGCCACCAUGACUGUGCAAGGGCAAGACUAUGAGGCAGGAGGUUCUGUCAUCCAUCCUUUAAAUCUGCACAUGAAGCGUUUUGUCAAAGACCUGGGUCUCUCCACUAUUCAGACUUCAGGUGGCUUAAUGGGAGUGUAUGAUGGUGAGACUCUGGUGUUUGAGGAGAGCAGCUGGUUUAUAAUGAACAUGAUUAAACUUGUUUGGCGCUAUGGAUUUCAGCCCCUCCGAAUGCACAUGUGGGUUGAAGAUGUGUUGGACAAGUUCAUGAGGAUCUACCGCUACCAAUCUCAUGACUAUGCCUUCAGUAGUGUAGAAAAAUUACUCCAUGCUGUAGGAGGGGAUGACUUCCUUGGGUUGCUUAACCGAACGCUUCAUGAAACCUUGCAGAAAGCAGGCUUCUCUGAGAAAUUCCUCAAUGAAAUGAUUGCUCCUGUCAUGAGGGUCAAUUACGGUCAAAGCACAGACAUCAAUGCCUUUGUGGGGGCAGUGUCACUGACUGCUGCUGAUUCUGGCCUUUGGGCAGUAGAAGGUGGUAAUAAACUUGUUUGCUCAAGGCUCCUUCAGGCUUCCAAGAGCAAUCUUAUAUCUGGCUCAGUAAUGUAUAUAGAGAAAACAGGGACCAAGCAGACAGGAAAUCCCACAAAGAUGUAUGAAGUGGUUUACCAAACUGGAUCUGAGACACGCUCAGACUUCUACGACAUCGUCUUUGUGGCCACUCCAUUGAAUCAAAAAAUGUCCAAUAUAACUUUCCUCAACUUUGAUCCUCCAAUUGAGGAAUUCCAUCAAUACUACCAACAUAUAGUGACGACUUUGGUUAAGGGAGAAUUGAAUUCAACUAUAUUUAGCUCUCGAGCCAAAGAUCAGUUUGGCCUCUCUACGGUUUUAACCACCGAUAGUUCAGAUAUGUUUAUUAACAACAUUGGGAUUGUGUCCUCUGUAAGAGAAAAGGACAGUCCUCAACCAUCAACAGAUGGAACAUAUGUUUGGAAGACUUUUUCUCCAGAAAUCCUUACUAAACAGCAAAUUUUAAAGCUCUUUUUGUCCUAUGAUUAUGCUGUGAAGAAGUCCUGGCUUGCAUAUCCUCACUAUAAGCCCCCGGAGAAAUGCCCCUCAAUCAUCCUCCAUGAUCGGCUGUAUUACCUCAAUGGUAUAGAGUUUGCAGCCAGUGCCAUGGAAAUGAGUGCCAUUGCAGCCCAUAAUGCUGCACUCCUUGCCUAUCACCGCUGGAAUGGGCACACAGACAUGAUUGACCAAGAUGGCCUCUAUGAGAAACUUAAAACAGAGCUAUGAAAUAAUAUUCUCUUUUUUCCUCUAACUGAUUCCCAAUGAGUAUCACUGGCAAAAAACAAAACAAAACAAAACAAAAAUCUGAGCAGAAAUGAUUUUGAAUGAGAUAUUUUGCCAUUUUCAUUGUUUAACAAAGUAAUCCUGUUGGGUCCUAAGAAAAUACAAGGUUCAAUGGAUAACUCUCGCCCUUAUGCCAUCUCCAAAAUUUCUUUCAAUAUCCAUUAGCAGCAUUUCCCAAGCUCAUCUGAUCAAUAAGAAUCACCUGGAGUUCAUUAAAUGUGGAUUCUCAAGCUUCUCUCUUUGAGAUUCUAACUCAGUAGGUUCAGGUGUGGGACCCUGGAGUUUGAUCACAAUCUAAAUUGUUUUAAGAUGAGCACUUGAGGAAGAACUAUCUUAGUUGGGUACUUGUUCAUUUGAGCUUCACAGCUGAAUUAAAUGCUUAGAUAAAACUACUCUGGAAGUAGAUAUGUAAGUCUGGCUCUUAGUAAUUUAUAUGCCUUUUUGAUGUAAAAAAUAUACCCAUGCCUAAAGCCUUUUUGAUUAUAUUUUUGAUUUUAUUAGGGGUAAAAUUCAGAAGUCAUAGAGUGUAAUCUUAAGAUUACAUGGGCUAUUGAAUUAAGAAAUUGGCAUGCUAGGCAAGCACUCUGCUACUGAACCACAGCCUUAGCCCUGGCAUUCUAAUACUAAGUCCUCACUUGAGCUUUUUAAAAUUAUUGAUACACCUUCACAAUCAGAGAUUAGGAUUUAAUGGAUUGAGGAUACUACCAGGGCAUUAUAAAAUUUCUAAUGUACAACUAGAGAAUAGAUGGGGGGAUUAAAAUGUCUAUAAAGGGGUUUAAAAAAGUGCCUUAAAAGUCUUAAGGAACUCAAAACAUCAGAGCAGAUCCACUGCAAGGAAUUUCUCAAUGAGAACUUCAGAAUUAAUUUUGAUAGUAAGAAACACAGCCUAACAGCAGAGGCAACUUCCAUAACCCUGAGCAGUUGGCAUUAGAGUGGAAUAUUCAGAAUGCUACUAAGUUUAGUCAAGUUCAGAACAGUUUUGGAAUGUUAAAUGCAUCAGUUCCUGUAGCAUGUAAAGUGAGAAGUUGGUUGCUGAAAUCUCAAAAGCAAUGGCUCUCAACUUUGGUUGCACAUUAGAAUCGACUGUAAGGCUUAAAGCUUCCUGUGCGGAGCCAAACUUGAGAACCACCAGUUCUACAUCUGCUGUACAGAGAUUGUGAAUGAGUGUCAUAGUCACUGGUAGAAGAGAACCGGUAAAAAGCUUAUGCAUUAACAAUAACUGAAACCAGGUUAAUGUGCCAGAUUAUGGCAGUAGCUACUUUAGCAAAAUGGUAUAAGAAAAUGCUGAUUCUUAGCAUUGUUUCUUCCCUGCUGCAUCUGUGAAUAUUAAUAUCUGAAAAAACUGCCAAGAUAUAUUUGAUAUAGAGGCAGGAAUUAAAUUCAUGGUUUGUCAAAGGUUUAUAUUUUUUCUAAUUUUAUUCUUAAGUAUGUUAAGAGGCAUUUAUGUUCUUUUGUGGUUUUUAAUGAAGAUUAUUUGUAGAGAAUGCAACACUGUUAUAUGAUUCAGUAGUCCCCCCUAUCUGAGGGGAAUUAUGUUGGAAUACUUCUAGUGGAUUCCUGAAACUGUGGACAUUAUAUAUGACAGUGUAUGAACCCCAUAUAUACUAUCUUUUCCUAUAUAUCUAUACGUAGUUUAAUUUAUAAAUUAGGCACAGUAAGAUUAACAAUAACCAUAAAACAAUAAUAUAAAAAAUGUUAUUUUAAACUUAUUUCUGCCAUUUUCCACUUACUACGUUCAGACUGUGGUUGACGAAGGGUAAAUUAAACCAUGGAAAAUGAAACCAUAGGUAAGAGAGGACUACUGUAAAUAUUGGUAAAUACUGAUGAAAUGAUUUAAUUUUUAUCAUUUGUAGACUUGUUUUACAAUGGGUUAUAUUUUUUCUUAUAAGAAUACCUGUUUGAAAUGUGGAUUUUAUAUCAAACCUACUGAUUAAAAUUUCCAAUAGGGUAUCUGAAAUUGCUUCCUCAAAACCAAAAUAGGUUCUAAGCAGGAGUAUUAGGUAGUUUCAGUAUUAAAAAUAAAGUUUUUAUUAGAAGAAAAACUACUAUUAAAGCCUGCUACUCCAGGCCUAUUAGAUAGUUUUAACGUAUCUACAGCAUUAAAAGAAUAAUUUUAUUAAAAGAAAAAUACUGUCAAGUUUUGCUAACUCCAGGAGACCACUUUUUUUUUUUCAGAAGAGACUGGGAGAAAUGAUGUAGGGGCAGAAUGAUGUCAAUUCUACUCCAGUUGUUCUCCAACUGAAUUGACUAUGCAUCAGAAUUAUCUGGAAUGCUCAUGAAAACACUGCUGGGCCCCACUCUUAGAAUUUUUUACUCACCAGGUUUGUAGUGGGAUACAAAAACUUACCCUAUUAAGUUCCAAGGUGAUGCUAUUAUCUUAGGAAUCACACUUGGAGAAAUGGUUCUACGAUUUAGCUCUGUGUGGUUGCAAAAAUUACCAUUGGUGAAAACAGAAAUGCUGAAGAAUGUAUUGGACUUCAUGUCAACUCACUUUAUUGUGAUUUAGUUUGACCCCUUUAGCUGUUCUUUUUGUUGUAUAGUUUCUAUAAGUAGGAAAUAUUAUGUCCACACCCUUCAUUGUGUCAAGAAAACUUAAGAUAUUCCCUUAUGUAUACAUCAUUCUCCACAGUUUUAACUGGUUUGCAGGCUUUUUUUAGAUCAUAAAAAUAGGCCUUAAACAUUUGCUUGGAAUGUUUAAGGUUAGGCUUAAUAAUACAACCAUCUGUAAUAACUCUCUCAUUAGAGCUUGUAAGCCAUAAAUAAAAUUUCAUGAACUCGA